GAGCGAACGAGAUGGAGGAAGAGCGCUCCUCCUCCUCCGUCUCUUCUCACCACUCGUCGCGAAAAGCCAACGUAACGCGGUCCUGGCGCCGGAGUCCUCUCUUCAUGGAUCCGCUGGCGUUAAGGAACCGGAAUGAACCCAGCUGGUACUUUUCUGCGGUCCCUUCAGCUCUAUGCCACGUCCUUUUCUCCGCUGAAUAACUUCUCUCCUGGUGUUUUUUUCAUUCUCCAGACGUUUUCAGAUAUAACAUCCAAAAGCGACGGUGAAGAGUUGAAGGCGACGGUCGGGUAUCUUUGGAUGAAACAUUUUUAACCGAUGUUGAAUAAGCUGAAGUCAAGCUGGUUGUGAAGGUGCUGGACUUGUUCCCCCCUACGCCCCAAGCCAGAGACACCAUGGCGGCGGGAGUAGCGGCAUGGCUUCCAUUUGCCCGGGCUGCAGCCAUUGGCUGGAUGCCUGUGGCCAAUUUGCCCAUGCCUGUUGCGCCUGCUGAGAAGAACAAGAGACAGGAUGAGCUGAUAGUUCUUAACGUUAGUGGACGGCGCUUCCAGACCUGGAGGAACACGCUGGAUCGUUAUCCAGACACUCUCCUCGGCAGCUCUGAGAAGGAGUUCUUCUACAACGAAGACACCAAAGAGUACUUUUUUGAUCGUGAUCCCGACGUGUUUCGCAGUGUCCUCAACUUCUAUCGCACAGGCAAGCUCCACUAUCCGCGCUACGAGUGCAUCUCCUCUUAUGACGAGGAGCUGGCUUUCUUUGGUAUCGUUCCAGAGAUCAUAGGAGACUGCUGUUAUGAAGAGUACAAAGACAGGAAGAGGGAGAAUGCAGAGCGCCUCAUGGAUGACCAGGAGGACAACAAAGAUGCUAAGUUACCUAACAUGACCUUCAGAGAGACCAUGUGGCGGGCCUUUGAAAACCCUCACACUUCAACAAUGGCUUUGGUCUUCUACUAUGUCACUGGCUUCUUCAUUGCUGUCUCCGUCAUCACUAAUGUCGUGGAAACGGUGCCCUGUGGCUCGGCACCCAACCAGAAGGAAGUGCCAUGUGGUGAGCGCUACACCGUGGCCUUUUUCUGCAUGGACACAGCCUGUGUGAUGAUCUUCACCGUGGAGUACCUGAUGCGCUUGUUUGCUGCGCCCAACCGCUACCGUUUCAUGAGAUCUGUCAUGAGCAUCAUCGACGUGGUGGCCAUCCUACCCUACUACAUUGGACUGGUGAUGACCGACAAUGAGGACGUGAGCGGGGCUUUUGUGACUCUUCGGGUUUUCCGUGUGUUCCGAAUCUUUAAGUUCUCCCGCCACUCGCAGGGCCUGCGCAUCCUCGGCUACACGCUAAAGAGCUGUGCUUCAGAGCUGGGCUUUCUGCUCUUCUCCCUUACAAUGGCCAUAAUUAUCUUUGCCACUGUCAUGUUCUACGCAGAGAAGGGUUCAAGCUCCAGCAAAUUUACCAGCAUCCCUGCCUCCUUCUGGUACACCAUCGUUACUAUGACAACACUCGGGUACGGAGACAUGGUCCCCAAGACAAUUGCAGGGAAGAUCUUUGGUUCAAUCUGCUCUCUGAGCGGGGUCCUGGUAAUUGCCCUCCCUGUCCCUGUCAUUGUGUCCAACUUCAGCCGCAUCUAUCACCAGAAUCAGAGAGCAGACAAACGACGGGCACAGAAGGUUCAGAAAGCCCGCUUGGCCAGGAUACGACUAUCAAAAACAGGAAGUUCAAAUGCUUUCCUCCACAGCAAGCGCAACGGCCUGUUCAAUGAAGCUCUGGAGCUCACGCAACUUCCAUACAAGAUGAACCUUUCAGAUCAGGGUUCCAAUGAAGAGGAGCAUCGUUUAAGAAAAUCAACCUCUCUAAUAGAAAGUCAGCACCACCACCUGCUGCACUGUUUGGAGAAAACCACCAACCACGAGUUUGUGGAUGAGCAGUAUUAUCAGCAGAGUUAUUUGGAGGCAGGGCUGCAGAAUUACCCGUCCCGAAGCCCCUCCCUAUCCACCCAGGAAGGCAUGACGGGGACGUGCUGCACCCGACGAAGCAAGAAGCACCACUCCCCUUUACCCAACGCCAGCGCUCCAGCACACAUGCAGCCUCUGACACACACGCACCCACACAAACAAGGCCUGCAGGAGCUCAGCACCAUCCACAUCCAGCCACUCAGCACCAGCCGCUCCAGUCUAAACAUGCGCAUAGAUGAGCCAGCGCCUCUGAACUGCCAGAGCAGCCAGAUCACAACAGCAGUCAUCAGCAUUCCCACACCGCCAGUGACGACUCCAGAGGGUGAUGCUCAUCUGCCCGCCGGCCCUGCCCACCAAAACGUUGUGAAGGUGUCCGCACUGUAAAGACGAGACGCCAGGCGCAUCACACUACAAACAAUGAAAAAAGACUCACUGAGAGAGUGAAAAGGAGGGAGGAUAAUGAAGGAGAGCACAUCAGAGACCUUAUUCUGGCCCUGGUGGAGCCUGCCCUCUGCUGUUCAUGUGCUGUACUGGCAUGGACUCCUUGUGCACAAACAAGACAGCUUUUAGAUAAAAGUAUCUUUGUUAGUGGUUGGAAAAUGUGUGUGUUCAUACGUGAAUGAAUGGAAGAUGGUUUGGGAGUCAUUAAAGAUAAGGAGUAGCUUGAGUGUGAGCCCCCAGGAGUCGGAGGUAUCUUCCCAGAGUAAGUCACGUGUUACUGUGCACAAAGCACCUUUUUUAUCAUUUAUUUUCCAGUUUCACUUUUUUUCUUAGCAGGAAAUAAAAGGAAAAAAGGGAUGUUUUGAAAAGAGAAAAAUAACUUACUAAGAUAUUUGUCCCAAAAAAAAAUCCAAGCCUUUGACUAUGAUACUGCCCUUUUUUGUCAUUUUGGUCCACUUAUCGCUCAGCAGAAUAUGCCACCGAUCCUUCCCAGGUCCAAUAAUAUUUCACUUCAGCACCGGUCUCAUACAAUACAGUAGAUGUCUGUGACGGCAUUAACGACUGUCUGUGAAUUUUAGAUUGAGGUGUUAUGUUUCUGAAAGGAGGUUGUGUGUGUGUGUGUGUGUGUGUGUGUGUGUGUGUGUGUGUGUGUGUGUGUGUGUGUGUGUGUGUGUGUGUGUGUCUGUCUCAGCCGAUUGAAAACCUGUGUUUCAAUCCUCCUGAAAGUCUCCGUAUGUGAUAUCUGACUAGCUGCCACUCAGAAUGGUUCAUUGCACUUAUUUAUGUCCCAAAUUCUCAGCUUAGAGACUUUUACAUAAUUUGUGCCUGUUCAGCCAGAUUAUAAAAUUAUUCUUUUUUUAAUAAUCUUCUGAGUUUCUCUUCAUUUUAGCCUUUUUUUGCCUCUUGCAGCUUAGUUGGAGCUAUGACACAAUUUCUUUUAUGAGGAAGCCAAAACAAAUA